GGGAAAGGAGCCUGACUCAUCCCGGCUGGGACCCGGCAGGUGCCAGAGGGAGCAGUCUCCUCCCGUCGCCCUGCACCCGUGGAAGAAGCCAUGCCCCACUUCUUGGAUUGGUUUGUGCCCGUGUAUCUGAUGAUCUCCAUUCUCAUCCUGGUUGGCUUUGGAGCUUGCAUUUACUACUUUGAACCAGGACUCCAGGAAGCCCAUAAGUGGCGAACACAGAGGCCAAUCAUGGAGCGAGAUCUUCGGAAGACACUGAUGAUUCGGGACAACCUGGCCUUUGGGGUGCCUGAGGUCUGACAAGCUGUCCAUCACAGCCAGAGGAAUCUCUCCUGGUCAAGGUUUGUGUGGCUGGGGCUUCCCAUGUGCUCACAACUCUUCAGCCAGCCAAGGACUUCUGCUCCUUCCCUUGGCCAAGACUGAUGGACCACUCAAAUGAAAUAUGCC